CCACGUGAAGUAACUCCAAAAUGGGGAAAUUAAAUGUGUCGAUUUUGAGAUAUUUAACCAAAGAAGAUUUCAGAGUAUUAACUUCUGUUGAAAUGGGUAUGAAAAAUCAUGAGAUUGUCCCUUCUCCUCUUGUGGCUUCCAUUGCACAUUUACAUGCUGGUGGAUGUCACAAAGUAUUGAAAGAGCUUGCCAAACACAAACUGGUGUGUUAUGAACAUCAAGGCAAAAAAGAGAAUGGCUACAGAUUGACCAAUAGUGGCUAUGACUACCUGGCACUGAAAGCCUUAACAAGUCGUGGAAUCAUCCAUUCUGUUGGCAACCAGAUUGGCGUUGGAAAGGAGUCUGAUCUCUACAUUGUGGCUGAUGAGGAGGAUCACCAAUAUGCCAUGAAAUUACACAGGUUGGGACGUACAUCAUUUCGACAGUUAAAAAACAAGAGGGAUUAUCACAAGCACAGGAAGAAUGCCUCCUGGCUCUACCUGUCCAGGUUGGCUGCCAUGAAGGAGUUUGCUUACAUGAAGGCCCUGUAUGACAGAAAGUUUCCCGUUCCCAAACCAGAAGACUUCAACCGCCACACUGUCAUCAUGGAGUUGCUGAGUGGACAUCCAUUGUGCCAGGUACGCGAGUUGUCAGACCCGGCUCAGGUGUACAAUGACUGUAUGGAACUGAUUGUCAGACUGGGAAACUGUGGGGUCAUACAUGGUGACUUCAACGAGUUUAAUCUGAUGGUGGACGAUAAUGGAUCAGUGACAAUGUAUGAUUUCCCACAGAUGAUCUCAACCUCCCACUUCAAUGCAGAGUGGUACUUCAACAGGGAUGUACGUUGCAUACGUGAAUUCUUUGCCAGGCGUUUUCACUAUGAAAGUGAACUUUACCCCAAGUUUUCAGACCUAAGACGUGAUGAUAAUCUAGAUGUUGAGGUGUCUGCCAGUGGUUUUACUAAAGAAAUGUCCAGCACAUUUGAUGAGGCUGCUGAGGAGCUAAACAUCCUGAAAGGACCAGAGUCUUCAGAGAAGGAAGUAGAUGAAGAUGAUGAAACAGAAAUAAAGGAUGAGGAAGAUGAGUGUGAGGAAGAUGAAGUUGAUGAUGAGGAAGAAGAUGACCUGGAAGCAGAACCUCCACAGGAUGUGACAGAAUCUUUUACUGAAAAUAUAGCAAAUAAGGAUUCUGGGGCGUGUGGGAACUGUGAUGAAGAACGUCUAACAGAUUCGAAGUCUGAGACAAAAGAUGAACUUUUGUCAGAUAGCGAAGUAAAUGAUAGAUUAUCAGAUGAAGUCUUGAGUGAAGAGGAAAACGAAGCAUUAGAGGACUUAAGUCAUUCUAACAGAGCCUACAAACCUUUUAGAAAUGAGGAAAGUAUGGAACACACUAACUUCCACUUGUCCAACACAAGACAGCGGAGUUCCCUCAGUAUGUCCAGUAAUACCUCCACAAUGGAUCCUCAGAUUGUCAAAGAGAAGAUGAAGAGACAACUUAAGCAGAAGCAUGAGAAGUUACAGGCCCGGCGUAUCAGGAAGAAGGGGGAAGCCGCCAUUGUGACACGAUCAAAACGCAACACUAAACAUGACAUCAAAGACAGUCUCUCUGCUCAAUGGUUUUAGAUAUAUGUAAUGGGAGCAAACAAGCAGUAAUAUUACAUGUCAUGUAUUAAAAGUUAUUAGAAUAUCAUUACAAGAGAUCCCAGAGGGAUCUUACCACCCU